AUAUGUGCAGCGUAGGUUAUCCGACUCUAGCAGAGUGCAGAUGAAGAGUGUGUGCUGAAGUUGUGUUGAAACUGUGGAAAUAUUUGCUUGACUCCAGUUGGAAUAAGGAGGGGACACUUCACCAGUGUGGCAAUCGUAGGGAUGUCACUGGUUAUCAACCUGUUUGCUUCUGCUGAAGGAAGUUCAAUAAAAGAGACAAAAGUAGAAGAAAUUGAGUUAUUCCUGCAUCCCCUGUGAUUAGCUUAUGCCUUUUUCAAGUUUGGGCAGCGUUUGAAGUAAAAAACCCCGGAAAACUUGACAGAUGAUAACCAAGUGUGACAGCGGGAUGUGAAGAUUAAAGGCUUCAGAACGUCCAAAAAGAGAAAUACUGCCGAUGUAUAGAGAAUAAAGGGACAAUUAAGAACAUCAAAAAACCAGACCUUACAGCAUGGCAGAGGAAACCAGCUAAAAAAAAAGGCUUCACAAGGCAAGCCAACUAUCUUAUCCAGAGGGCAAGAAACAUGACCAAGUCAGAGCUCAAAGAAGAGCUUACAAAGCUCUCUGUUGACGCAAGGAGGGUUAUUGAAGCCAAUGAUGGAUACAGAACUGGUUUGCUGGUAGACAUGGAGUCUAAAUCUGAUGGUAGUAUUGAAGUGCUGCUUGAUGAUCAACUUGAGGUUGAGCUUGAGAAAGUCAUCACCGAAUGUGAAGCAAGUCUUGAUGACUUGAAGAAGACUGUCCAAGCCCACCUCUGGGCAAACUGUGGCCUGGCAGAAAUGACAGCUGCUUUUGAGGAAGCUGAAAAGGCCUGUGAAUAUGCAUACUCCAUUGUAAUAAACAGUAUUAACUGUAAAGCCUAUGAGAUGCAUUUAACACUUCUAGAGAAGCUGAUUAAGGAAUCCGUGGAAGUCCUUUUGCACUGGGAACCUUGGAUCCCCCAAUCAGAGAAAACUGACUUUCAGAAGCAACUUAGGGAGUUAAAGGCAGCCAAAAACAAGCUUGAACCAAGAAAAGGAGAGUUUGCAAGAGCACUGAGAAUUGCAGAAGAUGCAAAGGCCACAGAGCACGCAGGUAACAGAGUGGAGCCACCUGUGCGUGUUACACCAGUUGUAAAGAUCAAACCCACAAAAUUACCUACAUUCAGUAGCAAUAAAAGAGACUUUCACUGCUGGAAGAAAGACUGGGCAAGUCUACAGCGGCAAGGAGAGCCAACUGGAUCGGUAGAGGUAAAAAAGAUUCAACUCCUCAACAGUGUGGAUGAAAAGAUCAUCAAAGAACUGAGACUGUCAACCCAUAGUACAGCAAAUGACAUGUUCAGAGUAUUGGAGAACAGGUACGGAAAUAAGACCACAAUUGCUAUGGAAAUAAUAGAAGAACUGGAAACGAUCCCUCCUGUAAAAGGAAAUCAACUCAGAAAGGUAAUCAAAUUAAUCCAGACUAUGGAGAAGGCUCUGACGGACCUCACAGAUCUCGAAAACAUUGGUGGCAUCAAAAAUCCACUGGUGAUCAAAUCCAUAGAAUGCAAACUACCAGAAUCUGUCAAAAAAGACUGGCAUCUUUGAGCCUCCUGUCAUUAUGAUGCUAAUGGAAGUCACUGCCAAUGCCGGGCAGAAAAUUGGAACCCUGAUAGACCUCGCAUCAGACACCAACUACAUCACUCAUAAAGCCGCCAGCAGAUUAAACCUGAGGAGCGAGAGAAUAACCCUGGUUGGUCAUUAAGUCGGUGGAAUGACAACUAGAGUUCACACAAGAAGAUAUCUUCUCACAGCCAGAGUCACUUGACAGUAAUUGAUAAACAGGCUCCCUUUUUUAAUGUGGGGGAAAAAAGAGGAGAAUGAAGAUGGGAAAGCAUACAACAAAGGGAACAUUAUUGGGAGACCCAUAGGACGUCGGAGAUUUCACUUAAAAGUCAAAGAGACAGCACAUUUAAUGUAAGAACACGACUUAGUACUCUUGGGAGCUGGUUGCCUGCUCAGGAAGCAUACAUAGGAUUUCUGUGCUUCAAACGCAGUUUGCACUAAAAUUCCCUGAGCGAAUAAAUUAAGGCGUAGCCCUCUCACCGCUGCGGCCCGGGUUUGAGUCAGGGUUGCAUCAGAAAAGGCAUCCGGCGUAAAAAUGUGCCAA